CCUUUGGGCGGGCACGACGUCCUGAUUCCUUUCUCUCUUCAGCGGCUCCGCCGGCGCGCUCUCUCUCUCUCUCUCUCUCUCUCUCUCUCUCGUUCUCUCUUCAUCCCUCUCUCUCUCUCUCUCUCUCUCAUGCUCUUGAGAUCACUGGAGGGAUCUCCAUUCUUGGCUUUGGAGGUGAUCUCGGGGGCUUCUCACUGGUGGCUAGGGUUGGGCUUUUGCGGAAGGGUCUUUGGUUUUCUUUAAGUGACGGGCCUUCAUAACCAAUGCUCUCUUGCCUUCUCAUGCCUCCGGUUUAGUUUCUGCUCGGAGAACUUGCUUGGAGAACUUUUGGUAGUGUUGAUAGAUUUUUAUGUAUCAUAUAUGGCCACCAGGAGUUACAGUGCAAAUGGCCAUGGCGUUAAAAAACCACUUAAACAUUCUCCUGUUAUUUUGAACAUAUCCUCAGAGUUCCUUCCCACAUCCUGAUACCAAAUUUGGUGAAGCAUUCUGCAUUAUUGCUCUAGUGUUGUUAUUGAUAUUGAAGGGCAGUGUUUUCUGGUGAACUCUGAAGUGCAAGAAACAGUUUUGACAUAAAUUUUAUCAAAAUAAAUGGCGAUGGAGUGCAACAAGGAAGAGGGAAUGAGAGCAAGAGACAUUGCAGAGAACAAGAUGCGCAACAAAGACUUUGUUGGGGCGCAGAGACUUGCACUCAAGGCCCAACAGCUCUUCCCAGAUAUAGAUAACAUCUCUCAGAUGUUAACUGUGUGUGAAGUGCAUUGUUUUGCUGAAGUGAAGUUCGGUGGUGAUCCCGACUGGUAUGGGAUACUUCAAGUUGAGCCUACAGCUGAUGGGGCAUUGAUCAAAAAGCAAUAUCGUAAACUUGCUCUUUUGCUUCAUCCUGAUAAAAACAAGUUUCCUGGUGCUGAAGCUGCUUUCAAGUUGAUUGGAGAAGCAAAUAGGACCCUCUCCGAUCAAGGAAAACGUUCUAUUCAUGACCUUAAAAGAAAUCCCAGGAGCAUCGUCCCUUCUAGGCAGUCUUCUCAACAGAAUAGGGCAGUUUAUGUGCAUAAACAAUCUAAACCUGCAAGUGGAAGGGCCCCAAAUAUCACCACCAACACAGGUCCUAAUCGUGUAAAUCAGCAGCAGCCUUCUGCAACUUCUGCUGCUGAGAGUUUCUUGACUUAUUGCCCUACUUGUAGCAGGAGAUACCGGUAUUUUAAGAACUUAUUGAAUAAAGCUCUGCAAUGCCAGAGUUGCUUGAAUCCUUUUGUUGCCUAUGAUUUAAAUGCACAAACUGUGUCUCCUGGGGUGAAGUCAAGUCAUCCGGGAGCUCAAACAAAGAACUUUUCUGGCCAGAACUCUCAUGAUGCUGUUCAACAAAAUGAUUCUGGAUAUGCUACUUCCAAGAAGGGACCUGAUGAUAAGGUUGAUGGGAAGUCCACAGCUACUGAAACUUUGUCAAAAUCAAGAGUCAAUGAAGUUGGCCAGAAAUCUGUGGAUGGUAGAAGUGAUGGUAAGACAAAUCAUGGGGAAACUGGCAAUGAAGUGAAGUUUGAAAAAGUGGAACUAAAUGAAGUAAAUAGGAGAAAGCAGGCAGCAAAACCUUCAGGUGGAAAUUCAAAUCAUAAGAGAAGCAGAAAAAUUGUGGUAGAGUCUAGUGAUGCAGAGGAUGCUGGGCAGGAAGGGGGAGCAAAUGGCAGUCAUCUACGAAGAUCUGCCAGGCAGAAGCGAAAGAUUGCCUAUACUGAAGCAGAGAGUGAUGAUGAUGUUGAUGGCCCAUCCUCUCUGAAACCUUCAGAUUUUAAAAGGGAGCCUGCUGGUUUUGAAAUGAGAAGGAAUGAGGAGAAAGGUGCACAUGUAAAUGAAGGGCUGAACAAAAAUGAGACUUGUCCAGAGGUAGAUAGAGCUGGUUUGACAGAGGAGAUACCCAAAUCUGGAACUGGACCGGGUGUUGUUCCAAAUGUUGAUUUCACCUCUAAGUCAUUGCCAGAUUUGGAAAACAUUUCCUACCCUGACCCUGAGUUCUAUAAUUUUGAAGAAAACAGAGAUGUGAACCGAUUUGUGGCUGAUCAGAUAUGGGCACUUUAUGAUGACUUGGAUGGAAUGCCCAGGUACUAUGCUCGGAUUAGGAAUGUUCAUACCCCAAACUUCAAAGUUCGAUUUUCUUGGCUAGAGCAUGAACCUGUGAGUGGAGCAGAGAUUGCAUGGACUGAUGCAACUUUGCCUGUUGCCCAUGGAAGAUAUAAACUUGGUGAUUCUACAACCACUGAAGACCGGAAUAUGUUCUCUCAUCUUAUGUGCUCGGAAAAGGGCUCGAGAAGAAAUACUUAUGACAUACAUCCAAGAAAGGGUGAGGUUUGGGCAUUAUUCAAGGACUGGGAUAUGAGCUGGAGUUCUGGCACAGGUAAUCCGGGAACAUACCAGUUUGAAGUUAUAGAAGUGUUGUCAGAUCCUGCAGAAAGCACAGGGAUUGACGUCAUUCGUCUAGUUAGGAUAAAAGGGUUUGUGAGCUUGUUCAUGAGGGCCUUUGAUGAUGGAGCUGCACAGUUUAAAAUACCACCCAAUGAAAUGCUUCGAUUUUCACACAUGGUUCCUUCUUACAAAUUGAAUGGAAAUGAAAAAGAAGGCAUCCCAGAAGGCUCUUUUGAACUAGAUCCUGUAUCACUGCCUGUUAACUUUGGAGACUUUGCCCCUUCAGUCAGCCUCGACAGCAUUGAGAAGAGCAAAGUCUUGAAUCAGAAGAAUUUCCCAGAUGCUCUAAACAUUAGCAGUGAUGAGGAGGAGCCCAGUCAAGAAGUUGAUGCUAAAGAUACUACAAGCCCGCUAAAUGCCAGGUCACCACAUCCUUCAAGUUCUGUCGGCUUUGAAUACCCAGACUCAGAAUUUUAUGAGUUUCAUAACCAAAGAGCAAAUGAUAAGUUUAAAUGUGGUCAAAUCUGGGCAUUAUACAGUGAUUUAGACAAGUAUCCAAAGUACUAUGGGCGGAUAAACAAAGUGGCUUCCGGCAAAGUUUGAGGUGGAUCUGACAUGGCUGGAAUUGUGCCCAAUCCUAGACAUGGAGAAACGGUGGGUCGAAGAAAACUUUCCCAUCGGUUGCGGAACAUUCAAAGUUGCAGCUGAGACUGCCAAAUUCAAUUCAACAGAGGUCUU